AUGGCCUCUUCUAUGCCACCCGUCCCUGCAAAGGACGAUGUUAACGCUACGUGGAAAUAUCUCGAAGCCGGCGUUGACAAGAUCAUGACCAACCUACGCGAGGGCGUCGAUAUGAAGACAUACAUGGGACUCUACACGGCGAUCCACAACUUCUGUACCGCCCAGAAGGCUGUGGCGGGCUCUUCAUUCCACGCCGCUAACAACCGCGGAGGUGCUCAUCUGCUCGGAGAGGACCUCUACCAGCACCUGAUUGAAUAUCUCAAGGCACACCUUGCACAAGUACAGGCAGCAUCACGGCAGCAUGUUGAUGAAGCGCUCCUCCAUUUCUAUAUCAAAGAGUGGAAUCGGUACACAACCGCCGGACAAUACAAUAACCAUCUAUUCCGCUACUUGAAUCGCCAUUGGGUGAAGCGCGAGAUGGACGAAGGUAAGAAAAACAUCUAUGACAUCUACACCCUGCAUUUGGUUCGCUGGAAGGAGGAUAUGUUCACUGGCAGUCAAGAGAGCGUUAUGCGGUCAGUGCUCAAGCUUGUUGAGAAGCAGCGAAACGGUGAGACUAUCGAACAGUCGCAAAUCAAGUCAGUCGUAGAUUCGUUCGUUUCGUUGGGUUUGGACGAGGCGGACAGUUCCAAGUCAACGUUGGACGUUUACAAGGAGUACUUUGAGAAGCCUUUCCUACAGGCCACAGCAGAAUACUACGACAACGAGUCCAAGCAAUUCCUUGCAGAGAACAGCGUGGUAGAAUACAUGAAGAAGGCAGAGAUUCGCCUGGAAGAAGAGAAGGAGCGCGUUCCCCUGUACCUGCUCAACGAGAUAAUGUCUCCGUUGAUGCGAACAUGUGAACAAUCGCUCAUCACCAACCACUCCCAAGCCCUCCGCGAAGAAUUUCAGAUUCUCCUCGAUCAUGACAAGGAAGAGGACCUUGGCCGGAUGUACAAGUUGCUUGCCCGUGUUCCCGAGGGCCUUGAUCCCCUACGUCUGCGAUUCGAAAACCACGUCCGUAAGGCGGGCUUGGCUGCCGUUGACAAGAUUGCGCAAGACGGCGAAAACAUUGAGCCCAAGGUAUAUGUCGAGGCACUCCUUGAGGUUCACACUCAAUACCAAGCGCUCGUCAACAAGGCCUUUAAUGGAGAGUCUGAGUUUGUACGAUCGCUGGAUAAUGCUUGCCGUGAGUUCGUGAACCGAAACAAGAUCUGCAAGUCGGGCUCCAACAAGUCACCUGAGCUUCUCGCAAAGUACACCGAUACACUGCUGAAGCGCUCCAACACCAAGAUGAGCGAAGAGGAUGACAUGGAGAAGCUCCUUACGCAGAUUAUGACUGUCUUCAAGUAUAUUGAAGACAAGGAUGUGUUCCAGAAGUUCUACUCGCGCAUGUUGGCCAAGCGUCUGGUCCAGACGACAUCCGCAUCCGACGAUGCCGAGACCAGCAUGAUUUCCAAGUUGAAGGAGGCCUGUGGUUUCGAAUAUACCAACAAGCUGCAGCGCAUGUUCCAGGACAUGCAGAUUUCCAAGGAUUUGAACACUGCUUUCAAAGAGUGGCAGGCUAACAACCUGGAUGAGGCGGAUAUUAAGACCAACGUCGAUGCAUCAUACCACAUUCUUGGCACUGGCUUCUGGCCGCUGAACCCACCCACUACACCAUUUACUCCCCCACAACUCAUUGUUCAGACUUAUGACCGUUUCUCCCGCUUCUACAACCACAAGCACCAGGGCCGUAAGCUUACAUGGUUAUGGCAGUUGUGCAAGGGAGAGGUCAAGGCCAACUACUGCAAGGUUGCAAACUUGAAGACCUCGCCAACCUUCCAGGUCUCAACGUACCAGAUGGCAAUCAUGUUGCUGUUCAAUGACAGCGACACCGUCACGUACGAUGAAAUUGCCGAGUCGACCAAGCUGAACAAGGAGACCUUGGACCCCAGUUUGGGAGUAUUCAUCAAGGCCAAGGUUCUUCUUACUCAGCCUGAGAAUGCCAAGCACGAGUCUGGUACCGUCUACAAGCUCAACACUGGCUUCAAGACCAAGAAGGUGAAGAUGAACUUGAACAUUGGUAUCAAGUCUGAACAAAAGGCCGAGGCGGAGGACACGCACAAGACAAUUGAGGAGGACCGCAAGCUCCUUAUUCAGUCGGCCAUUGUGCGUAUCAUGAAGUCGCGAAAGAAGAUGAAGCACCAGCAGCUCGUGUCUGAGACGAUCCAGCAAAUCAAGAACCGCUUCAUGCCUCGUGUUCCUGACAUCAAAAAGUGUAUAGAUAUUCUUUUGGAGAAGGAGUACCUGGAACGUCUGGAGGGCGAUGAGCUCGGUUACCUAGCAUAA